AUGCGUUACGCUGCUAGAUUUAACAUCACUAUAUUCCAAAUCGAUGUAUCAAAACAAAAUUUUGGUGCUGAUGAUCCGAGACUUAGGCAACGAUGGUUAGAUGUUAUUCAAAACGCUAGUAAAGAGCUAUUGAAAUGCGAGGCACAAGCUAUCGAACGAACGAUUGCGGAAGCCGAAGCGAAAUGUGAAUUAUUACGAGAGAAGUUGUGUGAAAUGAGAGAAGAACGAGAAAUGAUGGAUGUGGAAAGAGAGGAAAGUGUAAAAUUGAAAGAAACUAUUGAAAACUCAUGGAACAAAGUAUUUCGUCUAGAAAUGCGAGAAAUAACUCCUCGGAAAACAAGAAAUGAAUAUGAAUCGUUGGAUGAUGUGACAUCUUCUUCGAUACAAAAUGUAUUGGGGAGUAACGACCUGCUUAAUACUGAAAAGGUAGGAGUAAUGACAAUAGAAAGUUUCAUAUUCAAAAGAAUUAUAGCGUGACAUUUGAUAGUGAUACGGCUCCUAAUAGGGGUCGAUCUACUAGUAAUUGACAUGAUUCACGUACAAUUUCGGAUGAGCUAUUUAGAAUUUCGGACCAUGUAUUUAAGAUUGGGGUGUCAUGCAAACUUUUCCUUUCCCGGAAAGUCAUUUCUAUCCGUGACCUGCUUUUUACGUAGGAUAUCAGAAAAGCAGGAAUUCUAUUGAAUGCACAUAGAGAAUUCGCUUUUGCUCUCCGUCACACAAAUUCCUGCAAGAAACCAAAUCAGCUAUUACACAAAAUAGGAAAUUAAAUAGACAGGAAUUCAGGAAUUCACAAAUUUAAGGAAAGCAGGAAUUCAGGAAUUCAUAAAUGUUAGAAGAGCAGGAAUUCAGGAAUGUAAGAAGUCAAACAAGCAGGAACGCAGAAAUAACUUUUUCUCGUUGCCGCUAAGAAAACGUAACCGACGAACAUAGUCAGGGCGUGGACAAAAGUAUAAACACAAGGAAACACUCGUCUGUAUUUGCACGGUUUCUUGACUCUAGGAACUUAAAUCUGGAAACAAUCUCCACAUUUUGCCGUUUCUGUUCAGGCAAAAUUCUGAGUAAAAAUAUGAUCCGUUACAUCAAAUUUGCUGGAUGGUAAACUUCGUAUCUCAUUGUCUGAUCAUGAAACGUAUACAUUUCGAAACGUCCCAUUGUGUAUAAUAAUAAAUUAGACUUAAAGCUGCUGUAAAUUGUAUCAUACUUUUCUAAGCCCGAAAACAGAUGAGACUUCUAUUUGCAGUUAGAAAGAUAUUUAUUAUAGAAAUUGUACAGUUGCAACUCCCGACUUUGGCUCAAAAGGUUCAGUUUCCAACAUAACUCACAAUGCACGGAGAUAACAACUAAGGGCAGUGACGUACUCUCACCUAGUCCCCUCCUCCCGCUCCCUCUUUUGUUAAAGGAAUAUGCCAAUAUAGUGCGCGAUAUCUUCGAAUUUUGGUUGUUCUUUCAAUGUCGAUAUUCGCGACUGGCAUUGUCCAACCGUACAGUUAUCCCAU